AUGAGUUCGCAAGGCGUUUCCUCUCGCAAAAGACCGGCCCCCGGGACAUCACCUGGAGUCCAUCAGCAAAUAGGGUCUAUUCCAAACUACACCAAUCCUGGUGCUCAGCUCUCUAACGACCAGUUUCUUCAGUGGGGUCAAGAUCCUGCCGCCACCGCCGUGAAUCCACCACCGUCGUCGUACCCCGCCGAUGUCAACUCUUUCCACCAGCCCCAGUAUACUACAACACCAACAACAACAACUACUACUACUGCUACUACUACUACUACAGGCCAAGAUGUGUCUGUGGCCGGUGCGUCUCCCAACAACCAAGUCGCUCGCAGGCAACCUAUGAAUCAGCUUGUUAGCAGAAAUCGUGGAUACGAGCAGCCGUCCGCCCCGCCCUCCCUCUUGGACCAUAACAACAGCGGCGAUGGGUGGGGCGAGAGUCUGGCAGAACUGGAACAGCGGGCACUGAUUGCCAAGAGAGAAGCCCAAGCGAAGAGAAAGCAGAUCCCACCGUUCGUUCAGAAACUGAGCAGUUUUCUCGAUGAGUCCAAGAAUACAGACCUGAUUCGUUGGUCGGAUGAUGGAAACUCAUUCAUCGUGCUGGACGAAGAUGAGUUCGCUCGGACACUGAUCCCCGAAUUAUUCAAACAUAAUAAUUAUGCGUCGUUUGUGCGUCAGCUUAACAUGUAUGGUUUCCACAAGAAGGUCGGACUGUCGGACAAUUCGAUGCGUGCCAGUGAACGGAAGAACAAGAGCCCGAGCGAAUACGCGAAUCCGUACUUCAAGCGCGGUCAUCCUGAUUUGCUGUGGCUGAUCCAGAAGCCUAAGAACGUUUCUCAAGGCAGCAAAGGCAGUAAGAACAAGGUGAAGACUGAGGAUGGCGAAGACAACGAAGGCGACGAGUAUGGGGAAGACGGCCACCGAGAUGAUCGGCGAAAUCGUGGACAACUUGCGUUGAGCUCCAACCAGAAUUUCCUGCCCAAGGAGCAACUGGCGGGCGUCUAUCGGGAGCUCCAGACGAUCCGUCAGCAGCAGCAGAUCAUCUCGCAAACGAUCGCGAAGCUGCGGAGGGAGCACGAACAGUUGUACGCCCAGGCCGCUAGCUUCCAAGAACAACACGCCCGCCACGAAAACUCGAUCAACGCGAUCCUCACGUUCCUGGCCACUGUCUACAAUCGUAGCCUCCAAGGUCAUGAAGGGCAACAGAACCUCACCAACCCAUUCUCGGGAAUUAUUCAGCAGGACCAAGGCAAUGUGGUUGACGUCGACGACUAUGCUCUGAGCACCUUGGGGGGUGACAACACGGGCAACCAGAGAGCGUUUAAGAAGCAACCACUGCUGCUGAAGGCUCCUCCCAAGCAACCGGAUGCUGCUCAAAGCCGCGCAAGCACGUUGUCACCGUCCGGCAACAGCACUUACGAUCGGUCAUCACAUUCGCGCAAGGGCUCACAUGUCCGCCAACCCAGUGUUUCGCAGCCCGGCAGCGUUGAGGAGGUCCACGACACCAGCCCGCAACAGGCCGGGUCACAGCAGCCGGCCUCGACACAGCCGCUUCCUCAACGCGAUAUCAUGUCCGUCAUUCAGAACUCCAAUGCUCGCAACGGCGUCCCGACCACCACCUUCUCCGAGUUUCCCAACGUCCUCUCUUCCUUGGAGACGUCUGGUGGCAAUUCUGCGCUGACUCCCAACCAACGUGCUGACAUGCUGCGGCUGAUGGCGAACGAGACGAGUGCAACUGAUCCCAACGCCAUGGCCUCUUCGAAUAAUGCUCUCGUGACACCGAACCCGCCGCCGAUGCCGCAAAACUACGCUGCCCAGCUGGCUAGCACACGCGAGGAAAUCGAUAACCUCGUCAAGAUGCAGGCCGAGCAGGACCGUUCUGUCCAGAACCUGACGAAUCUGCUGCAGCCUCUCAGCCCCACGGGAACCAUCCCUGGUAUUGGAGAUUCCUCCAAUGUCCCGCCGCCGUCGCUUGACCUGGAUCAGAUAUUCAAUAGCAAUGACUACUUCACAGAUGUUCCGGACAUGGACAAGAGUGGUUUCGAUUUCGGUGAUGGAACAGCGGCGACGGCGACAACGGCAGCAGGUCAGCCGACUGGGACGGCGGCGACAGGAGCGACAGGAGCGCCAGGGGUGACAGGGGCGACGGGAGCGCCUGCAGCGCCGGGAGCGACGACGGAUGUGACCAAGGAUGUGGGCAACGACCUGUUCGACUUUGAUAACCUUGGUGCUGGUGGUGACCCGACAGACCUUUCUUCCGGAUACUUUGGUGGAUACGACGACUUCACCAAGACCGGAGGAUUCAAUAAUGGCAACACCACGGGCACAGGAACCGGAGUUGAUGGCAGCGGACUUGGUGGCGGCAACACUGGCAACAACACCAACACCAACACCACCAACCAGCACGAGCCGGGCCGGAUCGUUGAGACAUUCACGGACAGUGAAGCAACGAGCCCAGCCAACACUAUUGACGAGAAUUUUCAACAGAUGAACAUGCCAGCGACGGGGAACGGCAGCAACGGUGAUUCUGCAGGCGCAGGUGCAGCAGCAGGAGGAGCUGGGGCUGGAGCAGGAACAGGAGCAACGGCAACAGCAGCAGCAACAACAACAACAACAACAGCAGCAGCAGCAGCAGCAGGUGCAGGUGCAACAGCAGGCGGAACUACAGGACACAGCCCAAAGCGGCGCAAGAAGACUUGA